AUGGGCUUACCCUUACGGAAAUGGUGCUCCAAUUCCAGUGCCAUAAGAGCUCGAUUGUCUGAAUUUAGCGAAGAUCCUCUUUUUGCAUUGGAAAUUCAAAAGGAAGACGCAGUGAAAUCCCUGGGACUACAUUGGAAACCAGCAGAGGACGAGUUCAGGUUCUAUGGUGUUAUGAAAGUCAAUACGAGUAAAACCACCAAACGUGUCAUUCUAUCUGACCUGAAUAAGGUAUUCGACCCGCUAGGUUUCCUAGUACCGGUCCUAAUCAAAGGGAAGAUAUUCAUCCAGCAAAUCUGGCAAUUAAAAGUAGACUGGGACUCUACGUUACCAGAGGACAUACAACGCAGAUGGGAUAUCUUUUAUACCGAGCUGGAAGACUUACGACUUGUGAAAGUGCCUAGGUGCACAUCUGUAACGGCGAGGAGUCAAAUUGAAAUACAUGGAUUUUGUGACGCUUCGCAGGAAGCAUACGGCGCUUGUGUUUACGUACGUUCAAAGGAUCAAUCCCAUAAGUGGCACUCUCGGUUGCUAUGUGCGAGAAGCAGAGUAGCAUCCUUGAAAGGUGAAUCAAUACCACGGCUAGAAUUGAGUGGUGCUCUAACUCUGGUACACCUAAUCAGUAAGCUUGCUUCAGCCUGGGAGGUGAAUUGUCGUGAAUGCUACCUAUGGACCGAUUCCACAAUUGUCCUAGGAUGGCUAAAUGCUCAGGCUAUUCGUCUCAAAGUGUACGUAGCAAACCGGGUCACCCAGAUACUGGAGUUAACCGAUCCAAAACAGUGGCGUCACAUAAGUACUGAAGAAAAUCCCGCGGAUAUGAUUUCCCGGGGUAUUAGCGCAAGGCUCCUUAGUAACUCAGAGCUUUGGUGGAAUGGUCCGAAGUGGCUAUCUGACAGCGAUAAUGCAAGUAUUCAAGGGGUUUACUCUCCCAUAGAGGAAUAUAAUCUACCAGAACAACGUCCAUUGCAGUUGUCAUUAGUGAUAGUAGCGAAUAUCGAUAAGAUUUUCCAACACUAUUCUCAGUGGAAUAGGCUGAGAAAGGGCGUCGCCUGGUUGCGCAGAUUUAUUGAGUUUCUUCGUUCGAAGAGUUUAGUGUCUAAAACCAAGUACCUCACAUUGGGCGAAUUGAAAAAGGCUGAACAUUGGAUUUUAGUUAGGGUGCAGGCAGAAGCAUUUCCGGAGGAAAUAUCAGCAUACAAGGCCAAUAAAGACAUUUCACCAAGAAGCAAGUUGAAGAGUUUAGCACCAUUCAUGCGAAAUGGACUGAUCUUAGUUGGGGGCCGCCUUUCAAAUUCUGAUCUAACUGAAGAGCAAAAAUAUCCUAUAGUUCUUCCCUAUCAGCAUAAGAUCACGAAAUUGAUCUUUACCCACGUUCACCACGAGUUAUUACAUUGUGGACCGCAGUUGUUACUUUCAGCCAUUCGUCAGGUUUAUUGGCCAUUAAAGGGCCGCCUGUUAGCUCGUUAUACUGUCCAUCGGUGCAUUCCAUGUGUCCGCGCGAAGCCUAAGUUCCAAAUUCCAUUAAUGGCACCGCUGCCACAGCAGCGCGUUCAAUGUUCAAGACCGUUCAGCAUUACAGGCGUGGAUUUCGCGGGCCCAGUUAUGACACGAAGUGGUAGCCGUGGACGAGUUAACAAAAAGGCUUGGAUAUCUCUUUUUAUAUGUUUUGCAACAAAGGCCGUACACAUAGAGGUGGUAGAAGAUCUGACCAGUCAAUCCUUUAUAGCGGCUUUAAGAAGAUUUAUGGCUCGGAGGGGAAAGCCAAAGGAGGUGUGGAGUGAUAAUGGCACGAAUUUCGUCGGAGCCCGUAAAGAAUUGACUACAUACUUAAAGAGCAUAGAAUCCAGCUCUGUUGAAGAGGGCAUCUCAUGGCAUUUCAACCCUCCCUCAGCACCACAUUUUGGAGGGCUUUGGGAGAGCGCCGUUAAGAGUGCAAAGUAUCACUUGGCACGAGUAUUGAAGGACUCUCAUCUAACUGUCACUGAGCUACAAACAUUAAUGUGCCAAAUUGAAACGACGACAGGUAAUUUCGAUGAAAGUGUACAAGAAGAAGGAGAAAACACCGGUGGAGAAGAUUCAUCCCACGAGCUGGUUUUAGAUAAUGAAAUUAUACCACCUCAAUCCGACAGAUAUUCAACUCCAAAAAGUAAAAAACAAAAUAAUUCCAAGGUACAAAAGAUGACACCAUUUCAAAAAGAGUUACUAAGCAAUUUAGCUACUACCGAAGAAGAUGUAACUUCUGAUCCUAAAACAAUUUCGUUUUUGUUCAUUGUUGUUUUGUUAUACAUAACUAAAGUUGCAUUGUUAUUACAUUUCAUUAUGCUCAUACAACAGAAUGUUGUUUUUAAAAAAUGGUUGGUAUCCUUUACAUUAAAUGUUGAAGACUAA